AGAAGGAACACCAUUAACCUUAACAAGAGUGAAUUCGACAAGAAGACAAGAGCAACCCACAAUGCUCGAGUUGGUGGUGUUGUACAAGAACCCAUUACUCCACACAUCACUAAUUCUCAUCCUCGCAUUCAUCUUGACCUUCUUCAAAAUCCCCAUCCUCUUCCUCUACGGUAUUCAAACCUACGUUCACCCUGAUUCCCAAUCCCAAAACAAUGGCGUAAGAGCUGCCAUUCGCCGCCCCGGUUCCAACCUCGACCUAAAGAAGAGGAACAAGUCAAAGGACAAGGUCGAUUUCGAUGAAAACAAUGCUCAGAUCUUCAGGCUCAGACUCGACCACGGCCACCUUCAAUCUCGUCUCUUUGUCAAUCACUAUUCCCUCGCUUUCACCCUCUCCUUUCUUGCCCUUUCUUCGAUCUUGCUUCACAAUUUCUUGGAUUCUUCCCAGAAUCAUGGGUUCUUCGCAAAUGGGGUUUUUGUUCCGGUUCUGCUAUCAAUUUCGAGUCUUUAUACGUGGGGGGUGGUGCUUGCUAGGGUCACGUUUGAGAGAUCGGCGUCCAGGAGGUCGGAGAAGCAAUUGAGUGUUGUUUUUGGGGCUUUGGGGCUUUUCUUAGGGCUUUUGCUUGUUCCUGAAGGUGCUUCCUCCGUUUUGGACUUCCAUUUUGUUGUUCCAAUUGAUGGGUUUUGGAGGGUUUUCAUUGCUGCAUUGAUGGGUUGUCUUGCGGGUUUUCUGUUUAUUCCUGCUGCAAGAAGUGCACGUUCCUUUUGGCUUGGAACCGAUCAGCUUCGUUGCAAUUUGUCAAUGAUAACGUGUGGAUGGUUUACCCGCUUGAUCCUUUAUGCAAAUCAAAUCUUUGUUAUGUUUGUGGCUUCUCUGUGGAUUACAUCGUUGGCUGAAAUUUUUGUAAACAAAAACUACAAUAACAGCGAGGGAGCUAGUGCAACAACGAGUGGAUUUGGUAAUGCAGAGAAAUUGGUUGGGAAUAUGGGGCUCCUGCCAUCUGAUUUUAGUAGCUUUAGGCGCUGGUGCUUGUUGGGGUCAAGUUUGUUGCAUAUUAUGGCGUUAAGGCCAAACCUGCAAAUGUAUCUGAAUGAAGCUUUGUUGUCUUGGUACCAAAGGCUUCAUGCUAGCAAGGUUCCUGACUUGGAUUAUAGUAGGGCUAAGAUGUUUCUGCAUAAUCACUACUUGUGCCUUGUGGUUUUGCAAUUUCUUGCCCCUCCUGUGCUGGUACUUCUCUUUCUUGGCUUAUCUCAGAUUGAUGGUCUGUCCUUUGGAAAUUUCGAAUUGUUAAGUAAUUUACUGCCUAGCUCUGCUUUCUUCGAGGAAGUUGCUUUGUUUUUGGCUUGGUGGGUAACCUUUCUGUGGGCAAUAUUCUCUUCGGUGUUCCUUAUGCUACAUCGCCAUUGUAUUUUAUAUGUUUCUUGAGCUUUUGUUUUCUUGAGGACGAUUCUAUUCGGCCUUUCAGUGAGUCUUUUAUUGUAAGUUGAAUACUUUUGUGGAAUUUUGAGAGGAGUGUUGGACUUAUAGCGUAAGUUUUGAAG